GCACUGCUUUCGCUAAGCAGUUUAAAUUAAGACGGUGUGUCAUCGAUGAGACAUUAAGGUGUAUCGAAAAACAUCGAUACGCGCCACGAUGACGGAGCAGCACAUGGAGCUGGAGAGCGUUCGCCUGGCGACAUUUGGGGAAUGGCCCCUGAAUGCCCCCGUUUCCGCGGAGGAUCUGGUGGCCAAUGGUUUCUUUGCCACGGGAAACUGGCUGGAGGCCGAGUGCCACUUCUGCCACGUGCGCAUCGACCGUUGGGAGUACGGCGACCUGGUGGCGGAGCGCCAUCGCCGCUCCUCGCCUAUCUGCUCCAUGGUUCUGGCUCCGAAUCACUGCGGCAAUGUUCCGAGGAGUCAGGAGAGCGACAAGGAGGGCAACAGCGUGGUGGACAGCCCUGAGUCUUGCGCUUGUCCCGAUCUCUUGUUGGAGGCCAAUCGCUUGGAAACCUUCAAGGACUGGCCGAAUCCCAACAUUACGCCGCAGGCUCUGGCGAAGGCUGGUUUCUACUACCUGAACCGCCUAGAUCACGUAAAGUGCGUAUGGUGCAAUGGAGUGAUUGCCAAAUGGGAGAAGAACGACAACGCCUUUGACGAGCACAAGCGCUUUUUCCCACAAUGUCCUCGUGUGCAAAUGGGGCCACUUAUAGAGUUUGCCACCGGAAAGAACCUAGAUGAGUUGGGCAUCCAGCCCACCACCCUGCCACUGCGUCCAAAGUACGCCUGUGUGGACGCCAGAAUGCGAACCUUCUCCGAUUGGCCCAUUACCAAUAUUCAGCCCGCUUCUGCUUUGGCCCAGGCUGGUUUAUAUUAUCAGAAAAUAGGCGACCAGGUGCGCUGCUUCCACUGCAACAUUGGAUUGCGCUCGUGGCAGAAGGAGGAUGAGCCGUGGUUCGAGCACGCCAAGUGGUCGCCAAAGUGUCAGUUCGUUCUGCUGGCCAAGGGUCCAGCCUAUGUAAGCGAAGUGCUCGCGACAACGGCUGCCAACGCCAGUUCCCCGCAAGCCACUGCUCCAGCCCCAUCGCUCCAGGCAGACGUACUGAUGGACGAAGCGCCAGCCAAGGAGGCGCUAGCCUUGGGUAUCGAUGGAGGAGUUGUGCGCAAUGCCAUCCAGCGCAAGAUCUUGAGUUCCGGCUGCGCCUUCGCCAGUUUGGACGAAUUAUUGCAUGCCAUCUUCGACGAGGCCGGCGCAGGAGCUGCACUGGAGGUGCGUGAGCCGCCCGAGCCAAGUGCUCCCUUUAUUGAACCAUGUCAGGCCACUACUAGCAAGGCAGCAUCUGUGCCAGUAUCGGGAGCCGAUUCCAUCCCAGCCAAACCACAGGCAGCUCCAGUUGCGAAUAUCUCCAAAAUCACAGACGAACUACAAAAGAUGUCGGUGGCCACACCGAAUGGAAACCUGUCACUGGAGGAGGAAAACCGACAGUUGAAGGAUGCACGCCUGUGCAAGGUGUGCUUGGACGAGGAGGUUGGCGUGGUGUUCCUGCCCUGUGGCCAUUUGGCUACCUGCAACCAAUGCGCCCCCAGUGUGGCCAAUUGUCCCAUGUGCCGCGCAGACAUCAAGGGAUUUGUGCGCACGUUCCUUUCUUGAAGCGCAUAUCGACAUCAUACAGAGUUUACCAGCUAGUUGUUAAGCGAAUCGAUUGAUAGCACCCACACAAACUACUACAGCGAAGUUCAAAUUAUCCGGUGAUUAGCUAAUGCAAUAUCUUUAAUCGUCUACUAAGUACUUGGCCAACUGCAGCUAUCCGUUUUUACAUUAGCUACGGUUGUGAGUUGUCGUUACUAACUAUCGCCUUGUGUCCGAGCAAAUCUCUUUUAGACCAGACAUUAUAUACGCUGAAAAGACCUUAUAUAAAUGAGCAGCUCCAUUUCGCACUGAAAAGGGUAUCAAAGCUCCGGCACGACCGCAGAUCACUUAUGUAUUUCUUGUUAUCGUACUCUUAUUAACACAUGUAUGUAUUUUUGUUGAUCAUGUUUAUAAGCCGCUGAUAGUAUGGUAUACACACAACUAUAUGCAUCUCGCGAAAUACGAAUAAAUGUAUAUGUAAAUGUUAAAAA